AUGGUGUCUCUCUGGGGAAGUGGCAAGAAAGAUGACGACGAGCGUGACGAUCAAGACGACCACCAAGUAGAAGACGAGACUGACCAGCGCGCAACCUCAUCUCGUAGCCAACCCGCGAGACCUUCAGACGAUGCCAACGAACGGACCAGGCUAUUGCCUCGCCAUGAGCAAGGUGUGGGCUAUCUGAGUCCUGAUGAUCCAGCUGUCAGUCUUCUGUUUGUCCCUCCUCGAGUUCUAGCACAGCUAACUGGCGGCCAGGUCUCGCCGUACAACCUGUGGAGUGUUCGGGCUCUACGAUGGUUUGAAGUCCUCUUUCUGAUGAUCAGCUGCCUUUGGUGGGUAUUGCUGUUCAUCUCCAUCUUUGUCAGCCCUCCGCAAAUGCACUCGAGAGGAUCGGGCUUCUUCGAUGUCGCCUAUACCACCUUGACAAUCGGCAAUAUCCUGACCGCCCUCCUAUUCUUCGCCACCCCUUCGGCUGCAAUGAGCAUUCUGAGCAUGGCUAUCUCGGUGCUACUGCUGAUUGACAUGAUCAUCAUUCUGGCUGUCUCUCGGAUUAGGGCCGAAGAAGGCUGGAUUGGGAUCGCCUCUGUGAUUUGGGCUGCGCUGAUCGGCUUCUACAAUGUUGUGACGAACAGAACCGUCAAAUGGGGCAAAGCUGAGGAAGAAGAACGUCUCACUGGUCGGCAAGAGACGCGACGGACACUCCGAGAAUGGUGUGCAGUGUUCACAGCCACGUUUCUGAUGACCGUUUACGUUGUCAUUGCUAUCUUGCUUACUGCGACCCUCGUAUUACGUUCAAGAGAUGCAACCCUCCCCGCUCCAGGCAAGCGUUACCUUGUCGACGGCGAUAAAUACCGCGUGCACUUGGCAUGUGUCGGCCAGCAGACAUUUACACCUGACGGCAAACCCAAGCCCACCGUUCUACUCGAGGGAGGUUACAUGCCUGUCGAACACACGUUCCAACCAUGGGUGCAUGAAACAUACGAAAAUGGUACAAUUGAUCGCUAUUGUUAUUGGGACCGACCAGGGCUGGCGUGGUCCGACAACGCGCCCUCUCCACACUCUGCCGGAAUGUCUGCGGACGCCAUCUCAGAGGCGUUGGCAAUUUCAGGGGAAGACGGGCCCUGGAUCUUGGUCUCCGCUGGUAUUGGCACCGUGUACAGUCGAGUCUUCUCUGCCAGGCAUCCUCGGGUGAUUGCAGGCAUGAUGUUCAUUGACGGACUGCACGAAGAUCUCCUCUAUAAAAUCGCUAGCCCCGGACGAGGAUUCAUUUUGUGGGGACGUGGCAUCAUCUCACCUCUUGGUCUCGAUCGGCUAGCUGGGGCUCUCUUCAAGGGGCGUACGAAAGAAGACCGUGUCUACGGCAGAUCAUCAUACCAGGGGGGCAAAUUCCUCAAGAACAAGUUGCAAGAGAAUCUCGUUGCUGAUUCACUGACUAAAAACGAGGUUGUCAGUGCCCGAAACAUCCAGGACCCCAAGGUGCCAUUGGUUGUGGUGACCUCGGGGGUCCAUCUCCGGCGGGACAAGGACUGGGAACGAAAGCAGGAAGAUAUCACGAAAGUGACGGAGAAUUUGGUGGCAUGGGACAUCGUGAAAGGUGCGCCGCCCGAGGAGAUAUGGAGAUCGCCGGAAGGAAGGCAGAUCAUGGAGAAGCGGCUGGGUCAAUUGUAUAAAGGUCAUUAA